AAAACGCCUGUGUUCGGUAGUUGCGCGGUUAUUUGCUGCAGGUUCACGUUAUCGUUAAACUAGAACAUGGAUUGCGCUUCUGCGAUCGGUUUGCUUGCGUGGAGAGACUGACCGGGGGAACUGCCUAAAUGAGAUAAAUCCAGUUGAUCACGCCGCUUUCUGUUUGUCCCACGAAGACAUAUCGGCUGUGCUACAAUAUCAGGGACGAGGCCACAGACACGUACAGCUCUAGCGCGAAAUGGUCACGUCUAUGCUGGGACUUCUCAUUCUGCCAGUAUGUCUUCAGUUGUGUGGAUUUUCCCGCGGUGAGUGUUUAGAAGGAUGGUGGUUGCCAUGGGAAGAUCCUAUGGAACAAUGCCGCGUUCGUACAGCGUUUGUGGUUACAAUGUUGCAAUCUUAUUCCCAGAAGGUGCCUGGAUAGAAUGUGAGGUGUCUCAGUUCCAGUGUGGGAACGGUCGAUGUAUUCCAUCUGUGUGGCAGUGUGACGGAGACCAGGACUGCUCGGACGGGAGCGAUGAAACUUCCUGCGUGAGGAAGACCUGUGCAGAAGUGGAUUUUGUCUGUCGCAGUGGCCAGUGCAUCCCCAAAAGAUGGCAAUGCGAUGGGGAACCAGACUGUGAGGAUGGCUCAGAUGAAAGCAUCGAAAUGUGCCAUACGAGAACCUGUCGAGUAAAUGAAUUCAGUUGUGGCGUUGGCUCCACUCAGUGCAUUCCGGUCUUCUGGAAGUGUGAUGGGGAGAAUGACUGCGACAAUGGCGAGGACGAAAUUAAUUGUGGAAACAUUACAUGUGCCCCUCUGGAGUUCACCUGUGCCAGUGACCGCUGUGUGUCUCGUAAUUUUGUCUGCAAUGGAGAGGAUGACUGCGGGGAUGGCAGUGACGAGCAGAACUGCACCCCAUCCUCCUGCGGUCCAAGUGAAGUCCCGUGUGGGAAUGUUACAUGCAUUCCUAGAAGCUGGUUAUGUGAUGACGAUGUGGACUGCCAGGACCAAUCAGACGAGUCACCAGAGCGGUGUGGCCGCAACCCGACACCACCGGCAAAGUGUUCGUCCAGUGAGAUGCAGUGUGGAUCUGGAGAAUGCAUCCACAGGAAGUGGCGCUGUGACGGGGACCAAGACUGCAAGGAUGGUAGCGAUGAGAAAAACUGCUCUGUCCGUACCUGCAGGCCUGACCAGUUUAAGUGUGAUGAUGGCAGCUGUAUCCAUGGCAGCCGGCAGUGCAAUGGCUUCCGAGAUUGUGAGGACGGCACGGAUGAAUUAAACUGCAAAAACAUGACUCUGUGUAACAGUCCUGACAUGUUCAAGUGUCGCAGUGGCGAGUGUAUUGAGAUACAUAAAGUGUGUAAUACGGUGGGUGACUGUCCUGAUUGGAGCGAUGAACCCAUUAAAGAGUGCAACCUGAAUGAAUGCCUGCUCAACAACGGAGGCUGCUCGCACAUCUGCAAUGACCUUACGAUCGGCCAUGAGUGCGCCUGCACGCCAGGACUCCAGCUCAUCGAUCGCAAGACCUGCGGUGACAUCAAUGAAUGCCUCAACCCUGGUAUCUGUAGUCAAAUCUGUAUCAAUCUUAAAGGAGGCUACAAGUGUGAAUGUCACAAUGGCUAUCAGAUGGACCCCACCACUGGAGUGUGCAAGGCUGUUGGUAAAGAGCCCUGUCUUAUCUUUACAAAUCGUAGAGACAUCCGUAAACUAGGGCUGGAGCGGCGUGAAUAUACUCAGAUUGUGGAGCAGCUGCGAAACACUGUGGCUCUGGAUGCUGACUUCACUCAACAGAGGAUAUUCUGGGCUGACCUGGGACAGAAGGCCAUUUUCAGCACAGUACUAGAUAAGCAGGAAGAUGUGGUGAGUCAUACCAGGGUGAUUGACAAUGUUCAGAUGCCUGUUGGGAUUGCAGUGGACUGGAUUUACAAAAACAUCUACUGGUCGGACCUGGGCAGUAAGAGUAUAGCGGUGGCCAACUUCAAUGGGACCAAGAGGAAGGUGCUUUUUGAUAAUGGUCUGAAGGAACCAGCCUCCAUUGCUGUAGAUCCUCUCUCAGGGUUCCUGUAUUGGUCAGACUGGGGUGAACCAGCUAAAAUCGAGAAGUCUGGGAUGAACGGGGUUGACAGACAGGUCCUGGUUGAGACGGACAUUCAGUGGCCCAAUGGAAUCACUCUUGAUCUGAUCAAAGGGAGGCUCUACUGGGUGGACUCCAAGCUGCACAUGCUCUGUAGUGUAGAUCUGAAUGGGGACAACCGCAGAAAAGUGUUGCAGUCUCCAGAUUACCUGGCCCACCCUUUCGCCCUGACUGUUUUUGAGGAUCGAGUGUUCUGGACAGAUGGUGAGAAUGAGGCCAUCUACGGUGCAAACAAGUUCACAGGAUCUGAUGUUACUAUGCUGGCCAGCAACCUCAAUGAACCCCAGGACAUUAUUGUCUACCAUGAGCUCAUUCAGCUGUCUGGGACAAAUUGGUGUGAUGAGAAGUCAGAAAAUGGAGGCUGCUCCUUCAUGUGUCUGCCAGCUCCACAAAUCAACAAACACUCCACCAAAUACACUUGCAUUUGUCCACAAGGCAAAACACUUGCCUCGGAUGGCUUGUGCUGUAGACCAGAAGGAAACAUCAGUACCUCCAUACAUGAAGUGAAUUCAUCAGCCAAAGGAUCAGCAGCGGCCUGGGCAACUUUACCUAUGUUGUUGUUGGCCAUGGCUGCUGCAGGUGGUUAUUUGAUGUGGCGGAACUGGCAAAUCAAAAACAAGAAGAGCAUGAACUUUGAUAAUCCAGUGUACCUGAAGACCAGUGAGGAUGACCUCAAUAUCGAUAUCAGUAGACAUUCUGCCUCUGUUGGCCACACGUACCCUGCUAUUUCAGUGGUAAACACAGAAGAUGACUUCUCAUAACCAGAGCCCUUUUCAGUGCUCCAGUAUAUAUACCAGACACUUGGUAACACAAUGGCAACUGCUGCCUUUUCUCACAACCAGAUGCCUUCUGAAGUGCAUUUCUAAGUUGUUGGGGUUUUCUUUUUUCUCAUAAAGAGGAUCUCAUUCGUGGUACGAGAAGGGUGUUGCAUCCUGCUCGAACUUGAGUGUGCAUAGAGCGUCAAAUAAUUCUGAGGGCAUGGUUUUUACCUCCACUUACACAUAAUGGUCCCAAAAUGAUUCAGCAGCCUUACUUCCUACUUACCAGGAUGUUAAUGGCAAAACUGGAAACCCACAAUCCAGAUAUAAAGGUAACUUGUGUGUGUGGAUGUCUGAAAUAAUUAAAUUAAAUUCAUAUUUUAGGCCGUCACAUCUGUAAAAUGCAAGUUUUUGUUUUGUUUUCCUUAUGAACAUUAUUUCCCAGAAACUCCUUAUGAUGGCAUAUUGUGUCUUUCUGGGUUAAAAGGCUCUGUUACAAAAUUAGUAUAACACUGUAUAUACAGUAUCUCACAAAAGUGAGUGCACCCCUCACAUUGUUGUAAAUAUUUGAUUAUAUCUUUUCAUGUGACAACACUGAAGAAAAGACACUUUGCUACAAUGUAAAUAGUGAGUGUACAUCUUGUAUAACAGUGUAAAUUUGCCGUCCCCUCAAAAUAACUCAACACACAGCCCUUAAUGUCUAAACCACUGGCAACAAAAGUGAGUACACCCCUAAGUGAAAAUGUCCAGAUUGGGCCCAAUUAGCCAUUUUCCCUACCCGGUGUCAUGUGACUCGUUAGUGUUACAAGGUCUCAGGUGUGAAUGGGGAGCAGGUGUGUUAAAUUUGGUGUCAUCACCCUCACACUCCCUCAUACUGGUCACUGGAAGUUCAACAUGGCACCUCAUGGCAAAGAACUCUGAGGAUCUGAAAAAAAGAUUUGUUGCUCUACAUAAAGAUGGCCUAGGCUAUAAGAAGAUUGCCAAGAGUCCCUGACACUGAGCUGCAGCACGGUGGCCAAGACCAUAAAGCGGUUUAACAGGACAGGUUUCACUCAGAACAUGCCUCGCCUUGGUCGACCAAAGAAGUUGAGUGCACGUGCUCAGCGUCAUAUCCAGAGGUUGUCUUUGGGAAAUAGACGUAUGAGUGCUGCCAGCAUUGCUGCAGAGGUUGAAUGGGUGGGGGGUCAGCCUGUCAGUGCUCAGACCAUACGCCGCACACUGCAUCAAAUUGGUCUGCAUGGCUGUCGUCCCAGAAGGAAGCCUCUUCUAAAGAUGAUGCACAAGAAAGCCUGCAAACAAAGGACAUGGAUUACUGGAACCCAGUGGCGGAUCUAGAGAUUUUUUCCUGGGGUGGCAAAGGGGUGGCAUGAGGUUUCAGGAGGGGGGCCAUGGAAAUUAUUCAUAAUUUAAAAUGCUACGGUUUUCAUUGAAUGUGUUUUGUUCUCUACACUACAUUACACAGAGUGGGAGUCAAAUCAGAGAUGUAGAUGGGUUUUUGGAUGGUGUGGGUCUUAAUUUGUGAAUUGUGGACCCUUUCUCUGUGUAAUCACUAUCAACAGUCUGUGUAGUCUAUACUUAAAUUGUACUUUGUGAAAAAGCAAUUAUUGGGGGGUUUGGGGGUAUGCUCCCCAGGAGAUCAAAAAUAUGUCUUCUAGUGAGUUUUGAGGGAAUAUGGACAGAUUUAAUCAUUCACCAUAAGCCAUCAAUAGAUUUAGGUUAUCUGGAUUGAAACAAGAUUAUAAUGCAGGAUUGUUGCAUUGAUAACCAUGACUGUCAAAACAUUUCCCUCUGAUUCAAUAAAGACUCA